AUGCGAGUCCGAAUUAGCCGCUGCGGAUCCACGUGGUAGACUGAGCUCAGUCUCGAUUAUCUACAUAGAGACUAGACGCCCUCCACUGCCAGCGCUUCCCUUCAAGUUCCACAGAAGUUUUAGGGUUGCUUGAAACUCAGUUCAGCUAGUAAUAAGAUAUCUGAGAUCAAGGACUUCUAGGCUACAUACUUAGCCGGGCUUCUCCAAUGCCCUCUCACUAAAAUUGCCACUUUUUGCACAAAGAGAUUCGAGCCAGCUGUCGAGAGCCCUUUGGGUGUCCCUAUGGCACACUCUCGCGGUCGCGCCGGCAAGGGAGUCAGCGGUGCAGGAAAAGCGGACGGAGGCGGGCUGCCUGGCCUUUCCAGCGGCAGAGCAGAGGCGCGGGUGAAGGACGAGGGACAGGACGAGGAUGCAGGCCUCCUGGUGGCAGCAGCAGCCCGGCCAGGGAAGAGCGGGAAGGGGGACGGGGCAGCUACCAAGGUGCCCUCCAGCCUGCCGGACGUGUGGUCGCGCAAGUUCGUCACGUUCAGCACGGUGGCGGAGGGGCACAAGGCACUGCAAGACGAGCAGCUGCUGGGCCCCUUCUUUGAUCGCUGGGGCGACACCACGCGCGCGCUUGAGGUGACGUGUGCUGGGGUCAACACAGACCUGUGCAACGACGUCAUUGCCUCCAGGAAGAUUACUGUGCUUGUGUAUGGGGAGGCGGGCGCGGGCAAGAGCACGCUGGUGAAGGCGCUGACCCACGACAGCGACAUCCUGGCCGUCAGCGCCACGGGGCCCGGCACCGUGGUGGAGACGGAGGUGUGCUUGCCGUGCGGGCUGCGCGUGGUGGACACCCCCGGCUUCCGCGUGCCCCUCCCCCUGCGCUCCUCCCCCUCCGCGGCCAUCUCGGUGCCCGUCCCCGGCGCUGCGCACGCUGCGGAGGGGGGCCGCUUCUCGCUGGCGUGGCUGCGCGAGGUGCUGGCCUGGCGCGCCAUGCUGCGCAGCCUGCACGCGCGCCUCACCUCCCAGGACGCGCGCCUGCGGCCCUUUGCGCUCAUCUACUGCCACCGCGCAGGAGCCAGGAUCCUGCGAGAAAGGGUGGUGGAACUCCUACGGAUCCCGCACAUGAAGCUGGUCCCGGUGUUCACCGUGCUGACGGACGUGACCAACGCGGACGACGAGGACUUGGUGCGCAUCCGCGCCGAGUGGGCCGGGCUGCUGCACGAGGUGGGCACCAAUGCCAAAGGCGCGCAGGUGCACCUCGUGGAGGUCAACAGUUUUGCCAAGACCGUGCGCGGUCACACCCAUCGACAAACCGGAGUCAAGGAACUUAUGGCCAUGCUACUCAACUCCCUAGAUCCACUAGACGCGCUCACCUUUGCACGCAUGCCAGGAAUAUUCACACCGUCUAGGAAAAGGAAACGAACAGAAGAUGUAGUCGAAAAUGGCUCGGAUAUCGAGAAUUGACAUCCGGUUAACAAAAUGACGAGGAAGCUCGAGAGUGUGUGUCAUGUUACGGCAAUCUGUAUAUUCUAGUCUGGUUGGAGCGGAAUUGGCAAGAAAGGUACAUUAGUUCCUUCGAUAGGUCUACCUGUGUAGGUUGCACUUGCUGUACAUAUAGAAGGCGGGGCUCAAGUUCUCUCUUCAAUCAUCAAAUUACAUAUAUCUUCUUCUCCUUAUUGUUACUUUUGAUUUAGAAGACGGUUAGUAACUUGUACAUUCAGCUUCCAAACCAUAUAUUAUGAUAAAUCCGGGUUCAUGCAGUUUUGGGAUCGAUCUGGCAUUUACAUACAUUGAAAAACUAUGAACUUCACGGAAGGCAGUGCGGCGCAGCUGCCAGGUUGAAUUGAUGACUGAGCUAGGACAGACAACAAUGGUGACUCGUCAAGCUUGAAGUUGUGCAUGCG